CCUCUGCAGGUGUUUCUGCUCUCAGCUCGUCCAUCAAACACGUCGUCUCUCGCUUCCCUCCGAGGUUUUUCCCAGAUUCCGCCUCUGAUUGUCGUCCUAACCGUGGCGACGUUAUUAACCGGUUACAGGUGGUUUUCAGCUCGGCUCGAGGGACUCCGGAUCGGUUCUGUCACCUCAGCUCGUGCUCAGACCGAGGCUCUGAUGAAGAAUGCCACGCAGACGGCGAGUGGGGAUUAAUGGGUUUUAUCUCAGUGCCCGGGCCCCAGGUGGCCCCUGGACUCCUCCUUUAUUAAACACCUGAUUCCAGGUGAGAUUGGACCAGUUGUAGAUUUCAGAGCUGCUCAGAUCGAUUCUGGUUUCAGGAGGAUUUUACCUGCAGAAUGAUGUUAUUGAAAGCUGAAGUCUCACCGAGGACUCCAGGUUUUUCUGCUCUGGUAUAAUAAUAUCUGCAAAACACUGUUGAACAAAUAAACAUAAAAGUUCAGUUUUUAAUGUAUUUGUAAGAUAUUUAGGUAGAAUACACUUUAAACAUCAGAGUGAACUAGGGCUGGGCGGUAUGAUCUCAAAUUCAUAUCACUGUAUAAAUUGAAUCCCUUCACAGUAAUGGUACAUAUCAUGGUAGGAAAUGAUCAUAAAAAGCAAAGAUAAUGUAAUAUUUAGAGCAUUUAUUUAGCAGAAAACUGUAAUCUUAAUCAAACCCAGCAUGUUUGCUGUAGUACAAAUACAGAAGUACAAAAUGUUUUACUGAGAAACUUGCUGUUUCAGCAAAAUUUAAGUUUAAAUUUAAUUUAAAAACGAU